AACUUUUGUAUGUAAACAAACAUUGGCCCCAAACAUUGAAUUUUGUCCCUUUAAGAAGCCUCGAAAUGUCUCAAAGUCAAAGAAAAAGUGGCGGCAAAUCCCAAACUCAAUUAACUCUGUCUCAGUCCUUUGCCAAUGUAGCAGAUCCUGAAGUUGUAAUUCAAAACGUUGUCAGGUACAUUAUUUAUCGAGGAGGCGAGCAUAUGAAUUUCACCAAAGCUGAGCUCGUGCGUAAUGUGAUUCUUAAGCCCGGAGGGAGGUUUGAGGAGAUUAUGAAUGGGGUACGAGAAAUUUUGGAAAAGGUAUAUGGCUACAGUAUAAUGGUAUGCGACAGAGUUAAAGGCAAAGACAAACAAUAUGUUGUCAGCAAUAAAUUACCUUACCUAAAUGAUGCUGACAAAAAUGAAGAAAUCGCCCAGGACAUCAAUAAAGUAUUAAUCACCCUAAUUUUAUCACACAUAUUGAUGUCCAACAACGAAGUGACCGACGUGUCUCUGUAUUCAUUCUUGAAGUCAGUUGGCAUCGAUGUGGACCUACGACACCCAAUUUUUGGCCAAGUAAAAGAGUCCAUCAAAACCUUAAUAAAGCAGCAAUAUUUGAUUCACGAAAUCAACAAUAUCUCCAAAAGGGAAAUUUACAAGUGGGGCCUAAGGGCGGAAAAGGAGAUUUCUAAACAUAAGAUUUUAGAGUUUGUUUGUAAAAUGUACAAAGAUAGGAAGGUGGAGGAUUGGACUAGUCAGUAUCAAGAUGCCGAGGAACAAGGCUUUGAAAACCAGCAAUUGCAGCUUCAAACACAGCAUAGUUUAGAAGAGUAGAAGGAUGUAUUUUUUGAAAUAAAAUUUGCUUUUCAUUUAUUUCCUUUUAUUGAUUAAACAAUCGUU